AUGUCAGUUUAUAUUUGGGGAACAACACCAUCUUAAGAGGAAUCAACUACUCCUAAACAAAUAACAAUAAAUUUCUAAAUAACUAAAGUUUGUUGCGGAGAAGAGCAUAUGCUAUUUCUUUCUAAUACUAAUUAAUUAUAUGCAUUAGGAACAAAUAAUUAUGGUGUAUUAGGAAUAGGAAGUGAUGAUUAUUCAGAGAGAUCAUUGACACCUUAAUUGAUAUAAUCAAAUAUAAUUGAUAUGGAUUGUGGAUGGAAUCAUAACAUAUCUUUGAAUAUAAAUAAUAAUGCUUUUGUUUGGGGAAAGGUAGUGAACGAUUUAACAUUACCAAAAUAAAUAGGAUAAUCAAUAAGAUUUAUAAAAUGCGGUGCUAGACAUACAAUGAUGAUAAAUAAUAAAAAUUAAUUGUAUGCAAUAGGAGCAAAUGAUUCAGGAUAAUGUGGUAUUUAAAAUAUAAAGAGAAUAAAUGAGGUUACUCAUGUAAUGGAUAAUGUAUUGACAGUAGCAUGUGGAGUAUCACAUUCUUUAAUAAAAAUAAAUUAAUAAUUAUUAGCUUGUGGAUCUAAUAAUUUAGGAUAAUUAGGUAUUUAAGGAAUUAAGAAUUCUUUUAAACCUCAAUUAAUUGAUAUUCCAAAAGUAGAUUAAAUUGCAGCUGGAAAUCAUUCAGCUGCAAUAAGUGGUGGUAAUUUAUAUAUAUGGGGAUCAGGGUGUUUUGGAACAUUUUCUAAACCCACAUUAUUUUUAUAGGAUAUUGUUGAUGUAAAAAUUAAUGGAACUCUUGGAUUAGGAAUUGAUACAUAAGGUUAAUUAUAUUCAUGGGGAAGCAAUGUUAAUGGAGAAUUAGGAGUAGGUGAUACAUAAACUAGAACAGAAGCAGUUAAAGUUAUUAAAAACAUAUAACAUUUUGGUGUUGGAAUUAAUUAUGCUAUUGCUAUAUCUAAACCACCUUAACCUGUUACUACAGAAAAAGAAUAUUUAGCAAAGACUUUACAAAUUGAAAGUGAAGAAAGAAAUGCUUUAGAAAAAAUUAAUAGAGAAUUAAAGUCCAAAUUUGUUGAAUUAGAAUUAUGCAAUAUUGAUUUAAGAAAACUAUUAGAUGUUAAAAGUGAAGACAUUUGUACUUUACAAACUUAAGUUGAAACUUAUACUAAUACUAUGGCUAAUUAAGAAAGUUAAAUUAAAGAUCUUAAAUAAUAAUGUUUAAGACAUUAAACAUUUUAAAAGGAUGCUAUAUCAAAAUUAGAAAAAUAUGAAGAUUUAAUUGAUAAUUUAGAAAAUUAACUUAAAAUCAAAAAUGAAGAAAUUGAUGGACUUACUAAUUAAUUAUAAAAUUUUAAAGAUUCACUUAAAUAAUAUUAAGAUGAUGAGACUUCUUAACUUAAUUAAUUUAAAAAUUAAUUAAGUGAAUUAACUGAACAAUUAAAUUAUGAAUAAUAAGUUAAUGAAUAAUUAGUAGAAUAAUAUAGUAAAGAAAAAGAAUCCUUUUAAUAAAGAUCAGUCUUAGUUUAGUAAUAUGAAUUUGAAAUUGGAAAUUUAUAAUCUUAAAAUAAAACAUUAGCAUCAUAAACUAGUAAUUCUUUAUAACAACAUUAAAAAUUAUCUGAAGGUUUAACUAUUGCUAAUCAUAGAAUUGAAUCUUUAUAAACUUAGAAUGCUAAAUUAAUGCAAGAGUUGAGUUUAUUACGUACUAGUAUUUAUUCAGAUUUAUAAAAACCUCAAGUCUUAGAAAUAUAAACUAUUAUUGGAUUAAAUAAAGAAUUGACUGAAUUAAAUAAUUAAUUAUAGAGCAAACUUAGAGAAAAGGAUUAAGAUAUAUUAAAAUUAAAGUCUCAAUUAGGAAAUCUAGGUACUAGUCUUAAAGAAAGUCGAUAAAGUUUAUCUUCUUAAAUGAAAACUUCCUAAUGUUAAAAUCAAUUAUCAUAAUAAAAUUUGAAUAUUCCUAAAAAAUAAAAACAAGAUAGUCCUAAUGGAAAAACAAUUUAGGAAUUAUUAGAAUCAGCUCAUAAACAUGCAAAAUAUAUGAAAAAGAUUUUAAAAUCUUCUGAAAAUUUUGAGUAAGACACACCAAGUCCCAAAAAAAAACUAGAAUUUUCAAAAGAGAAUUCAUUAAUAAAAAAUGAUAGUUUGAGUGAAGUGAGAGAAAGACUUAAUAAGCUUCAAUAAAAUAGAUAGUUAUAUGAACAAAAACUUAGAAUUUGA